AUGGAACCAACAGGAAAAGAGAGACUGUCAGAAGUAGAGAUGAUGAAAGAGGACAGGGAUGAUGAUGAUGGUGAUGAUGAAAGAGGAACAGGUACUGCAAUGGCUGCAGGAGUUCUGCUGCAAAAUGAGCAACCGUACUCCUCGCUGAUAGAGAGCAGUGUGUAUCUGGCAAAUACGAGUUCAGGGAGCUCGAGGCGCCCCACGGCCAAGUACACCAAGGUGGGGGAGCGGCUGCGCCACGUCAUCCCCGGGCACAUGCAGUGCUCCAUGGCCUGCGGCGGCCGUGCCUGCAAGUACGAGAACCCCGCGCGCUGGGCCCAGCACGAGCAGGCCGUCAAGGGCCUCUACUCCUCCUGGAUAACAGAUAACAUCCUGGCUAUGGCUCGACCCUCCACAGAAUUAAUUGAAAAGUACAACAUUAUUGAGCAGUUUGAAAGAUGUGGCAUAAAAACCAUAAUUAACCUUCAGCGUCCUGGGGAGCACGCGAGCUGUGGGAACCCCCUGGAGCAGGAGAGUGGCUUCACCUACCUUCCUGAAGCCUUUAUGGAGGCUGGCAUUUAUUUUUAUAAUUUUGGAUGGAAGGAUUAUGGAGUGGCAUCUCUCACGACUAUCCUUGACAUGGUGAAGGUGAUGUCUUUUGCCCUGCAGGAGGGGAGGGUGGCUGUUCACUGCCACGCAGGGCUUGGGAGGACAGGUGUUCUAAUAGCUUGCUACUUAGUUUUUGCCACCAGAAUGAGCGCUGACCAAGCGAUUCUGUUUGUGAGAGCCAAAAGGCCCAACUCCAUCCAGACGCGGGGGCAGCUGGUGUGUGUCAGGGAGUUCUCCCAGUUCCUGGUGCCUCUGCGCAACGUCUUUGCGUGCUGCGAGCCCAAGGCGCACGCCGUCACGCUGUCCCAGUACCUGACCCGCCAGAGGCACCUGCUCCACGGCUACGAGAGCAGGCACCUCAAACACGUGCCAAAACUCGUCCACCUGGUGUGCAAGCUGCUGCUGGACCUGGCUGAGAACAGGCAGGUGGUGGAGGCCGAGCUGCUGGACAUCCCAGACCUCUCAGCUGAGAUUGAGAAGACCGUGGCGCAGCUGGCAUCCACGGAGCUGGAGCGGGAGCUGGCCAGGCACGACAGCGACGCGUCGGACUCGUCCCACACGCACUCCUCUGCUCUCGACACCCAGGACUCGCACUGCUCCCUGGGACACGAAUGUGAUUCUUUCUGUAAAAGAAGGAAUGUCGAAUGCCUUCAGCCUCUUACUCAUAUGAGAAGGCGUCUGAGCUACAGUGAGUCAGACCUACGGAGAACCGAGUUUCUUUUGGAACAGGAUGACACUGCCUGGACAGUGCCUGCUCAGAUCUUAGAGAACAAACCCAAGCAGAACAGUGGGGAGGAAUGUUCUGCCACAGGUGAGGCAAGCCCACAGCUGGAGUUAAACAAAGAAGCAUUGGUGCGUAACACGUGCACGUUCUGGAGUCAAGGGAGAUUUAGUUUGGAUGGACGAAGGGAUGGCUCCUAUCACAGAAGGAACUCGACCAAAGAAGUACAACGCAGCAGGACCUUUUCUUCAGGCCUCGCGUCCAUCCACCAUCCCAAGGAACCUGGGGUGCCGAGGCACGGCUUUGCCGACGAGAUUGCUCAUAGGAAGGACCACAAGACCAAUAUAUAUGGCAGGAGGGUCUAUCUCUCCGAGGACUCUGACUCUUCUUCUUCCUCUUCCAAAGUGAGCUUUUCCAUUGGAUAUGAAAGCCAAGGUAGCAGAGAGGUGUCAGAGACAAUUCCGCACAUCGUUCUGCAGUCAGAAUUAAGUUUAGAAGCUCGAAGAGUUUUGGCAGCCAAAGCACUCGCAGAUAUAAAUGAAUUUCUGGGAGAGGAUGAAGUGAAGCAGAAAGUAGAAAUGUGGCAGAAAGAACUGAAUUCUCGAGAUGGAGCUUGGGAUAAAAUCUGCACUGAGAGAGAUCCUUUUAUCCUCUGCAGCUUGAUGUGGUCGUGGAUAGAGCAGCUGAAAGAACCUAUUCUAUCCAAAGAUGAUAUUGACAUGCUGGCAAAAAACUGCACAGAAUCCCAGGAUGCACUCUACUUGCUGAGAAAGGAGCAGUGUCAGACCAUCCUUUGUAUUUUACACUGCGUGGUGAACCUGCAGGUGCUGCCAGCUGAUGUGGAGGAGGCCUUACUUGCUCGUGCUAUUAAAGCUUUCACCAAGACAAGCUUCGAUUCUGAGAAUGGGCCAUAUGUUUACAAUACCUUGAAAACUGUAUUUAAACAAGCACUGGAAGAAAAAAGGAAGAAGAUUAGGGAAGCAACAGAGAAUCCUUCUUGAUUUCUACACAGCUCUGCUGAAACAUUAGAUGGGCCUACCAAAUUAUUUUUCAUUUUCCAGCUACUGUAUUUUGUGCUACUUGGCAUGAUCUACCUAACUUAAGGUAGUAGAAGUUAUUAACAAAUAAUUUUAUUUUUUUAGAGGGAGUUUUAGUGGCAGUUGUUCAGUCUACAUAGUUUUAAAGAACAGCUCCAUGUGACCAUUCUCUGUAGCAUUUGGUUUCAGAUACUGUUCUUCUAGAUUGUGAAGUGUUCUUCUGUUCUCAGAUGUGUUUAUUGAUUUAGAAAUCCCUGUUAUUGGCAAGAAACGUUAUUUUCAAGUUACAUGAUUGCCAUAAGUUCAGUGCCAUGAUUCCCAAAGGUUUAAUGGAUUGAGUUGAUAUUUAUGUAUUACAUAUGUUUACAUUAAUGAUAUUUGAUUUCAAUUUGCAGAAAAUAAAUGUUGACUGAACCAGUGAAA